AUGGCUAGAUCGAUAGGGUGCUGUUUACUACAAAACAUUUUAAAAAUUUUCGUAUUUACCUUUGCGGCUUUUUUGAAUUUGUUUAAAACUGCUCAAUUACUCUUUAAUGAAGCUAGUUUUAAACUGUUUUCCACAGUUCUGAUUUCCAGAAUGGAAAACUAUUUCUAUGUUUGGACUAUCCAUGGCUGGUGUGGAACUUUGAUGACCGUACUCAAGUUAAAGUUUCUUUAAUUUCAUUAUGCGUUACUAAUGACGUCGGUCUAUAUUUAAGCUGGGUUCGUUCUUUAUUUGUAG